AUGUUGGCUAGAUAUGGGACUUUACUAACAGGAAUUGCACUAUCACAGCUGUCCAACGUUCACUUUCUGCAGAACUGUCCGGCAACGCAGGCUUUGCGUCGACACAACCAACGUCAUGCUUGCUCCUCCCUCGGCUUCUGUGACAAUGAAACCUACAAGCUGGACACAGUACUUACAAAUCCGAGCUACCUUCGGAAUAUAUACGUCUCCGAAAGAUACCGAACCCUCCUCUGUCUCAUUCCGAAAGCAAGCAGCAACAACUGGGUGAAAACUCUCAUGACACUAGAGGGCGCGAUUAACUCGACGAAUGAAAUGCCGCCGAAAGAGAUAUCAAAGGCAGCCAAGAAGCAUCUCAGCGUGCUAGGCCAGUAUAGCUCUGGCAAGAGGCUUGAUAUAAUACGGAAUUACACGUCGGUGAUCUUCGUGCGCAAUCCGUAUUCCCGUCUUCUGUCCGCUUUCCGUGACAGACUGGAGACCUACCCCAAUCGGAAUCCGACACAUCGUUUAGGUUUGGGAUCAGGUAUAGUGAUGGGUCUACGAUUGAAGCUAGAAAUUUGGGCUGACUUCGAUCCAUCAGAUCUCCGCGUCGGAUUUGGUCGUUAG